GCCCCCUUUGAAAAGUUGAUGAACUAACUAGUAAAAUAGCAGACCGAUCUUGGAGACCUUAUAUAUCUCCCUGUAUAUAUGCUUUCUACCUCCUUUAAUUUGUUGCAGUUCCUGUUCUAUUAACUAAGCGUAUAUCUUCAAUGGCUUCUUCUCCAUCUAAAAGCUCAACAAGUAGUUGUUUGACAGCAGAGGAUAUGGAUAGCACAGAGCUUAGAAGAGGGCCAUGGACUCCUGAAGAAGACACUCUUCUCAUUCAUUACAUUGCUUGCCAUGGCGAAGGCAGAUGGAAUCUUCUUGCUAAGAGUUCUGGUUUGAGGAGAACAGGGAAGAGCUGCAGAUUGAGAUGGUUGAAUUAUUUGAAGCCUGAUGUUAAGCGCGGAAACCUCUCCCCUCAAGAACAGCUCUUGAUUCUCGAACUCCAUUCCAAGUGGGGCAAUAGGUGGUCAAAAAUUGCACAGUUUCUGCCAGGAAGAACAGACAAUGAGAUCAAGAACUACUGGAGAACCAGGGUGCAGAAACAGGCCAGGCAUCUGAAGAUAGACUCUAACAGCGCCGCGUUUCAGCAGCUGAUUCGGGGUUUCUGGAUGCCCAGGCUCAUCCAAAAAAUACAAGCUUCAUCCAUUCAACACUCUGAUGAGAUUCUCAACACACAAUCCCAGCAGGUCCCCGCCCCCGUGCCACCCGAUUGCCAUCAAACCACAAUAAAUUCAGGCCUGGAGUUUUCUGAAUGCCCCAAAACUGCAUUAUCCAAUGACCCCAAGUUUGAGCCUUGUCCAAAUGGUAAUCACCAGUAUUAUGCCUCUCAUGUCAUGGAUGGUUUUAGCCCUUCACCAAUAUUCCCAGAAACAGGAGAAUUCAAAGAUGUGAUUGAUUAUGAUCUGCUUGGAACUGGAGGAGGAGGAGGAAACAGUUUGAUAAUGGAUGGAUUUUUGGAUGAUAGCUUAUGGACUAUGGAUAAAUUCUGAAGAGUUAGAUCUUUAAUUUAAUUAGUCAGCUUUCAAGAAAAAAGUGCCUGAGCUGCUUGUGCUUGCUUGUUCAUGUAACCCCAACUAGACACACAUUUUUUUUUUUUUUAAUUUCUUCCCAUCCCUUGUUAUUACAGACAGACAAACAGAGUACUGCUUUCUUGCACGGGUUUAGCUCACUGGUUCAGUAGACAAUACUUAAGAGAAGAGACCAAUAAUGUUCGAAACUCGGCAGGGGCAGUGUGAGAAUUAUGCUCAAAGUCAGUAGAUCCCUUGUACGCAUUAGCAUUUGUCCCUGUCUACUGAGCUAUUGAGUUACCGUGAUUUAUAUCCUCCGGCAUACUCUAUUUGGCCAGGAUGUGAUGAUGAGCCCUUGAGUUGGGGAUUCAACCUUUUGGAAGAAGAAGAGUGCUUCCUUUAUUUCUAGGAAUUAGCAAAUUAAAGUUAGAAUGAGGAAUUGUUUAUAGUGGGUUGAUAAUCUUAGACCUUUUUAGUCAAUAGGUUCAUGUAUGUGAUCUUAAUGAGAACCAUAUUUACUUAGCUUUUCA